AUGCUUAUGGUGCGGCUGUGGUUCUUGGCCGUCCCAGCUUGCCUAUGCGGCGGUCUAACGGGAGCGGCUGGCUUUCGUUUCCAGCCUCCCCAAGGCCUUCUCCCCUCCCCAGACGGUGUGCAGCAGCAGCAGCAGCAGCCGCUGCAGCAGUUGCAGCAGGGGCAGCGGCACGUAUCUCCCAGCGCACUGAGUGUGCAUGGAGCAGCAGCAACAACAAAAACAGCAGCAGCAGCAGCAGCAGCAGCAGGAGCAGCAGCAGCAAAUGAUGAGCUACCCGCAAGCAUAUUAGAUGUUCCUCCUAGUUUCUUUAAAGGGAAGAAAGUGUUAGUGCGUGGGGACCUCAAUGUAGCUGUAAUAGAAAACACCAGCAGCAGCAGCAGCAGCAGCAGCAGCAGCAGCAGCGAGGAUUUUUAUAAGAUAACAGAUGACACACGCAUGCGGGCAUUAGAGCCAACAUUAAGAUAUCUAUUAGAUGCAGGAGCAAGUGUGCUGCUGCUGUCGCACUUUAAGGACCCUAAGCUGCCGCAGCAGCAGCAGCAGCAGCAGCAGCAGCAGGAGCUGCAGCGUUACUCUCUUAAAUUCCUGCAGCAGCCGCUGCAGCAAAUGCUGCGGGUACCUGUUCAUUUUGCUCCUAGCUGUAUAGGAAAAGAAACAGAAGAAAUGGUGGCUAAUCUUAAGGAAGGAGAAGUACUUCUUCUUGAAAAUGUACGAUUACAUCCUGGGGAGAAAACGAAUGACGCUGCCCUUGGCGAGGGUUUAGCAUCAUUAGCUAGGGUUUACGUUAAUGAUGCCUUUGGGGCUAUUCAUCGCAUGCAUGCAUCCAUGGAGGCAACACCUAAGGCAGCAAAACAACAAAAUAAAUUCGCUCUUGCUGGUCUUCUUCUUCUUAAGGAACUUCAAGCUAUACACGUUUCCGAUGUUCAUGUCGAUUUUAGGUCGGCGGUUUCCUCUCCUGCUCGUCCGGUCUGUUGGGUAGUUGGCGGCUCGAAGGUUUCCUCUAAGGCAGGACUAUUAAGAAGAUUAAUUUAUUUAUCUAAAAAAGAAGAUAGAGUAUUAAUUGGUGGCUGUAUGGCAUUAACUUUCUUAAAGGCAAGAGGUGCACAGCUUGGUGCCUCUAUUGUUGAGGAUUCACAACUAGAUACUUGCAAGGAAAUAGAGGGUUUAGCAUCUGCUCGUGGUGUUCGUUUGUUGUUACCAGUAGAUUUCUUAUUAGGGGAAGAAGUAAGCCCUAAUGCUGCAUGCGUUGCUGCAGCAGCAGCAGCAGAUAAUAUUCCUUCGCAUCUUUAUGCAUUAGAUCAUGGGCAACAAACCAAUAAAUUAUACAAAGAAGAAAUCUUAAAAUGCAAAACUAUUGUCUGGAACGGUCCAAUGGGUUAUGCAGAGAAUCCUGCAUUUAGGGAGGGUACAGCAUCUGUAGCAUUAGCAGCAGCAGCAGCAACAGCAGCAGGAGCAACAAGUAUAGUAGGUGGUGGUGAUUCUCUUGCUGCAGUUAAGUUGCUGCAGCAGCAAAACCCUAAUUUAUUACUAACACAUUUAUCUACAGGAGGGGGAGCAACCCUUAAAUUAUUAGAGGGGGCCCCUAUGCCUUCCUUGGGGGCCCUAACUACGCAGCAGGAGUUGCUGCAGCACCAGCUAGCUGGGACCUUAAAUAACUAG